ACGCAUACAAAGAAGUACGUGGAGGUAUAGAGUUGGGGUAAGUGGGUAGCGAUAUGUCGGACAAGAGGCUCGGUAGCGGCGGCGCUCGGCUCGUCGACGAUCAGCAGCAGCAGUCGUCGAGCGGCGGCGAGCAGCUCGGCACGAGCAUGGAGCUGUUCCAGGCGCUGAGCCUCUUCAGGCGCAAAAAGUACGAGCAGUGCUGCCAGAUCUGCAGCGAGCUGCUGCGCAAGAGUCCGCUCGACCAGGCGGUCUGGCUGCUCAAGAUGCGCGCCCUGACCCUGCAGGUCUACGUGGACGACAUCGAGGCCGAGGAGCAGGGCCUGGCCGAGACGCUGCUGGACAACGACACGAUAGCCUCGAUGCCGAGGCCGGGCACGUCGCUGCGCCAGCCGGGGACCGCGCUACCGGGCCAGGCCAUGCGCCCGAGGACCCAGACCGGACGGCCCGUCACCGGCGUCCUGAGACCGGCCACGCAGUCGGCCAUCGACGGCUCGCAGAGCCUCGAGCAGGUGCUGCGCACCCCGAGGACCGGAGCCGCUGGCAGGCCCAUCACGGCCAGCGGGGCUCGCAGCAUCAGGCUGGGCACGGCCUCGAUGCUCACCGAGCCCGGCGGGCCCUUCAUUCAGCUCUCCCGGCUCAACGUGUCCAAGUACGCCUCGCAGCCGAGCAUCGCCAAGGCCCUCUUCGAGUACAUUUACCAUCACGAGAACGACCCGCGCUACGCGCUGGACUUGGCGGUGCAGGCCACCCAGGUCUGCCAGUACAAGGACUGGUGGUGGAAGCUCCAGCUGGGCAAGUGCUACUACAUGCUCGGCCUGACCAGAGACGCCGAGCAGCAGUUCAGGUCGGCUCUGCGCGACUCCAAAAACAUCGAGACCGUCCUGAGGCUCGUGCGGGUCUACAUCAGGCUGGAUCAGCCGCUGGCCGCCCUCGAGCUCUGCAAAAAGUCCCUCGACUACUUUCCCAACGACGUGUCCAUACUCUGCGAGAUGGCGCGGGUCUUCGAGGGCCUCAACAACGUCACCAUGUCCGUCAAAUACUACAAGAUAAUCGCCCAGGAAGACGCCUCCAACACCGAAGCGAUCGCCAGCAUCGGACUGCACCACUUUUAUAACGAUCAGCCGGAAAUAGCCGUGCGCUAUUAUCGCAGACUGCUGCAGAUGGGCGUGCACAACGCCGAGCUCUUCAACAAUUUGGCCCUAUGCUGCUUCUACGCCCAACAGUACGACCACACCAUAUCCUGCUUCGAGAGGGCACUGAGCUUGGCUACCGAGGAGGCCCUCGCCGAUGUCUGGUACAAUAUCUCGCACGUUGCCAUUUGUGCCGGCGAUUGGAUAAUGGCGCUCCAGUGCUUGAGAUUAUCCAUCCACUACGAUAGCAAACAUGCACCGGCCCUCAAUAACUUGGGUGCACUCGAGAUGAAGAAUCAAAACGUCGCCGAGGCCCGAGUUUACUUUCACGCGGCUGCGAGCAUAGCCAGUUUUGCUUACGAGCCGCACUUCAACAGCGCCCUUUUGGCUUACAAUACUGGAGAUUUACAAACGAGUUACAUAGCUGUACAAAAAGCCAUGGAUGCUUACCCUGAACACGCGGACAGUAAGAGUCUUUUGAAAAAAUUGCAACGAUAUUUUACUUACAUGUAAAUAAUUGUAUAA